AUGUACAACUCCUCUCGAUGGUCGACUGGUUAUGGCAUGUCUGACAAUAGACAGGACCUUGAGGCGCAGAAGGUCGCUACCAACACCUCAACGGUGACGGCCUCGACAGCCGCCCGUGACGCCUACGCCCGUGCUGGCCGCGGGGGCGCUGGCAACUUCCACGACCCGGCGACACUGCCGGCGGCACGGGAACAGGAGGCCGCCGCUGAUCGCACGCGGACGGCCGUCAAUGCGAGCAUUGCGCGAGCCGCAAACAAAGGCUACAGUGGGCGAGGCGGAGCUGGCAACUGGACGAGCAAGGAGGAUGAGGCUGCCAAGAAAGAAGAGGAAGCCCUCAGGGUUGAGGAGCUCGAGAGGAAAGUCGUUGAGGACGUAGAGUCUGGGCUCGCAAUGCCACCGAGGGCGCAUGCGAGGGAGCAGAAUGGUCAAAGGCAGGACGAAGUCUGA